UUCGGAUAUUCCCACUCUUUCUCUUCUAUUCUACGCCACUCUCCCUGCUCUCCCGGCGCACGUUAGCCCCAUACUUCUGCUCUCUCUGGCUCUAGAGAGAGAGCGAGAGAGCGCGAGAGAGAGAGACUCCGGCGAUCUGCGAUUGGGAAUUGCGGGAGAUGUGGGGGCAGGGAGGGCGGUUCUACUGGGCGGAUAAGGAGGGCGAAGUGGGGAUUGUGGUGGUGUUCGCGUGGCUGUCGAGCGAGGAGCGGCACCUCAAGCCCUACGUGCGCCUCUACUCGUCCUACGGGUGGCGCUCCCUCAUCUGCCAUGCCGAUUUCCUCACCUUAUUUUUUCCUGACAAGGCUGCAUCAUUAGCUGAUAGUCUCCUCAAUGAGCUUUUGCAGGAACUAAAGAGUAGGCCAUUACCCAUCGUCUUUUCUGCUUUUUCUGGGGGACCAAAAGGUUGCAUGUACAAGGUUCUUCAGUUAAUUGAUGGUCAAUGCAAAGGGCAACUUGUUCUAGAUGAUUAUUGGCUUGUAAAAGAUUGUUUAUGUGGUCACAUAUACGACUCAAGUCCAGUUGAUUUUACGAGUGAUCUGGGCACUCGAUUUGUCCUCCAUCCAUCUGUGCUGAAAAGGCCCCACCCUCCUAGAGUUGUUUCAUGGAUGGCAAAAGCCUUGGCAACUGGUUUGGACUCUCUCUUCAUAAGAAGAUUCGAGGCUGAGCGUGCUGAUUAUUGGCAAACUCUCUAUUCUUCAGUCAACAUUGGCCCAUUCCUUAUCUUCUGUUCUGAAGACGAUGAGCUUGCUCCUGCCCGUGUGAUUUGUGAUUUUGCUCAGCGCCUGCAAGAGCUUGGUGGUGAUGUUGAACUAAUAAAAUGGAAGAGCUCUCCUCAUGUCGGCCAUUACAAAUUUCAUGCAUCUGAAUACAGAAACAGUGUGGUUGAGUUGCUCGGCAAGGCAGCUUCAACCUAUGCCCAGAGGCGGCUGCGGUCACAGAACAAGGAGGGUCAUUUCAUCCCAGAGUCUGUUUGCAGUCUCCAUAAAGCGGCAGCGAGCUCGAACGAGAGCCUAAAAGGGCUAACACUUGACCCAAGUGACGAUUUCUUCUUAUCAAGUUCCACCGAGUGUAACGAUGGCAGGGACACAAGGUUGCAAAGUGAAGAACUGUUCCACACGCUAAACAUUCCGAGCAUCAAUCCUCAUGGUGUUCUGGGUAAGAUACUUUACGAUGUUUGUGUUCCAAAGAACAUAGAAGGAUGGGAUAUAAAGCCCUCUACAUCAUUCAAAGGAACACAAGCAUUUUCUCAUACUCAUCGACAUGGUUUUUUCUCCCCACGGAAAUGCUUACGACGAUCUAGAUUGUAGGAGUUUUAAAUAGAAAUGGAAGGAUUGUUAAAGUUGCUGGUUAUGUACAUUCACAGUUGUAAUAAUGAUCUUGUUCAAUGAAGAUGAAGUUUAGUUUUUGAGUCA